AGCGCCCUUCAAGAGAGCAUGUUGGUCGCGUGAUGUGUAUGUGUGGCUAAUCUGGCUAUAAAAAUUGGCACAUACACACAUAUACAGAGUAAAAAAUAAAAGUUUACAAAUAGUUUUACACUUUAGUCUUGAGAAAUAUGUGAAAUAAAAAGAUAAAAAUCUAAUAAUCACCAUGAUUCGUGGAAGACUGUAACCGGUGUAAUAAGUAUCUUGAGGAAUUACACAAGUGUACUACAUAUAUACAUGUAAUACGUUAAAGCACAUUAAAUAAUGAUAGGUCAAACUCUUUCAUCGAUGAUUUUUCGUUCGUGGAAUCUUGCCAGUUUGUUUGGCUUAACUAAAUAUUUACAUUCUUCUUGUUGCCAGUGUUUACGCAGCAGUGUAUUAUCUACUGUGCCAGUAAAGCUCGCAUAUGCCUCCUAUGAAUCAUUAAAUGAAAGUGAAAAUGCAAAGAAUCCUGUUAUAAUAAUGCAUGGCCUUUUUGGGUCAAAAAACAAUUGGAAUUCAUUAUCAAAGGCAAUUCACCAGAAGACUAAGCGCAAGAUCAUAGCAGUGGAUGCUCGAAAUCAUGGAGAUUCUCCACACUCAUCAAAUAUGUCAUACAAAGACAUGGCAGAAGAUAUGAUUCAGCUGUUGAUCGAUUUGGAUUUGAAGAAAGUUGUUCUAGUUGGUCACAGUAUGGGUGGUUCGGCCAUGAUGUACACUGCUCUGAAUUUUCCACAAUAUGUUGAAAAACUGGUAGUUGUCGAUAUGUCUCCUGUAAGAACCAGUCCCAGUCUAUUGCAAAUGGUAAAGAUCUUUGAGGCUAUGCGCUUGGUGACAGUCGAUGGAAGCCCCACUUUGUCGAAAGCUCGUAAAGUGGUGGACCAACAACUCGCUCAGUCUAUCAAAUCCACUUCGUUGCGUCAGUUCUUAAUGACGAACUUAAUAGAAGCAGAUAAAGGAAAAUUCAAGUGGCGAGUCAAUUUACCAGUACUGGAGCAGGCAUUUGCGACUCAGAUAGCAGUAUUUCCAGAUGUGAAUUCAAAGUUCUUCGCAGGUCCUACCUUGUUCAUAGGCGGCGGUAAUAGCGAUUACAUUCAAUUGAAGGAUCACGAGGCGAUCAAGAAGCUGUUCCCUUCGGUAAAAUUCUGUUACAUAGACGGAGCGGAUCAUUGGGUUCACGCGGACAAACCCAUCGAAUUUGUCGAGCUUCUGACGGAUUUCAUAAACCGUGUGAACUUGUGAUGCUAGUGAAUUGUAAAAUAGAAACAGGUUGUAAAUUUGUCUUUUGUAAAUAUAUACAUAUAUUUUUCUGGUGAACUUUACAAUUACAGAACAAUGUGAAAAGUAUUUAAAAAAUGUGUAAUUGUGUAUACAAGAGUGAGAAGAAAAAUUUGUAAGAGUAAAAAGCGCCACUAAGAGCGUCAAAAAUGCAAUUGUCGAUUUCUUUCAGUUUGUUGUCUUAUCUAACGUAUCGCUGUGUGAGAACUGUGUAAUAGGCCUUUUUCUGUCUCUACAUUUGUAGAAAAUUAGAGACAAAGAAUUGACGGAAUCAAAUAUGAUUUCGCUGGAAGGCCAUGUGAUGUGAUGUGGUGUGUAUGUGUGU